AUGAAAUUGAAGUAGAUAAAACACUAUAUCUCUUUAAAUGGUUAAAUUAAAAUGUAUAAAAAAAGUAUAUCGAAAAUUACCUUUAAAAAACUCAAUGAGUUUAAUUACUUUAAUUAAGAAUAAGAAGUCAGAUUGGUUUAAUUAAUUGAAACCCUCCUUAAAUUAUAGUUGAGAAUGAUUAUUCAGCAUUCCUUGCAUAAUGAAUACUUAAGUAUUUUAAUUAAAUUGAGUUUAUUAAAGAAUUCAACUUAAGAAUUAUUCAACACUUUUACAAUAAUUUGCUAAUUAAUGGAUUAGUAUAACAAUCUUAUAAUUAAGUAUUAUCUUACUAAAAUUUAUAUAAAAUACUUGCAUUUAUUGGUAUUAAUUUAAAUAAAAUAAUCAGGUAAUAUUUCAUGUAAUAAUGGAUUUAUUAGUGCUUUUUCAUUAAAUUUGA